UCCGUUCUAGGCAAAAUCAAGACCUUAAACUCUAGGUUCACCAAUGGCUUCCAAGCUUGCUCUGUUUCUCUUCCUGACCCUUUCAUGCUCUGUUCACCUCCUUGUCUCAUCAUUCGAAUUCCAGGUCGGCGGAAGCAAUGGCUGGGUUGUCCCUCCGGCGAAUGACACCAAAAUCUACAACGACUGGGCCUCCGAGAACAGGUUCCAGAUUGACGACACCGUCCGUUUUAAGUACCGGAAGGACUCUGUUAUGGAGGUGAGCGAGCAAGAUUACAAAAACUGCAACUCCACCCACCCCAACUUCUUCUCCAACACAGGCAACACCGUCUUCAGGUUCAGCCAUCCGGGGGCCUUCUACUUCAUCAGUGGAGUUUCCGGUCACUGCCAGAAAGGACAGAGGAUGAUCGUGAAAGUGAUGAUGUCACACGAAUAUGAAACUCCGCCACCACCUGGGGGUCACCCCGGAAAAUCAUCAGCUCAUUCCAUUUCUGCAGAUUCAUCAUCUGGGUUGCUGAGUCUUGUCCUUGUUCAGUUCGUUUUCUCCUAUGUUGCUUCUUGUCUGUUCUAGUUGGGUUCGUCCCAUGUUAAAAGUUUCCACCAUCGGAAAAUUCAGUUAGGUUUUUGUAGAAUGAAUUUCAGACAUUGUAAUAAAUUCCAUUGUUUCCU